AUGGGGGAAGCUUCUUCAAAGGCACAAUAUUUGAAAAGUAUUAUAACGACUAUGGAAAAGUUCCAAUCAUCAUCACAUAAAUUAUACUUAAUGAAAGAUCAAGAAAAUAAGACAGUAGUUGGAAUCCUUAAAGUUGGAAUAAAAAAAUUAUUUAUCGUGGAUAGGAAAGGAAGGCAACAUGAAAUUGAACCUUUGUGUGUUUUAGAUUUUUACGUACAUGAAAGUUGUCAAAGAUCAGGUUAUGGCAAACAAAUGUUUGAAUACAUGUUAAAAAAUGAACAAGUUAUUAAUCCUUGUAAAUUAGCAUUUGAUAGACCUUCAGAUAAAUUUAGAUCAUUCUUAAAGAAACAUUAUAAUUUAGAAAAUUUUGUUCAACAGCCGAAUAAUUUUGUUGUGUUUGACGAGUAUGGUUUACCAGAUAACCCAAAUUUACAUUUACUUAAUAAAGCUCAUACUCGUAGACAUUCUACAGAAAGUAAAUUAUCGAGUGAAAGAUCAGGAACUUAUCAUAGACAUACAAGAUCUCUUACACCAAAUCAUCAUUAUUACACUUCACCACUUUUCAAUAAUUCUUCACCAGCUCUCUCUUCCUCUUCAAUCCCCUUAGAAAACAAUUAUACUUCAGUAUCAUCAAUUAAUCAUUCUGCUCCUCCUAAAGAAAUUUAUGUUCAAAGAAAAAGAGAACUAAUUAGUCAACAAGAACACGGCAAACAAUCUUUAUAUGGGAAUUCUCCGAAAGAAGUAGGGCUAAGUAUAAAUAUUAUAAAUGGUUCAGAUGAAAAUCGGGAACAAAAAGAUCAAGACGCACCGCCACCCCCAUAUACACCAGAGCAAGCUGGUAGUUCAAAUACCAACACUUCUGUUGUUACAAACGAAGGAGGUGCUACUGAACAAACUCGUUUGAAUUCAAAACCACCACAGUCAUAUACUGCUACAAACACCUAUACGCCUACUCCCAACUUAUCUUACUCCCCUCCUACAAACAGAGGAAUUUAUCAAGCUCCUGAAACGGUCGUACUUACAGCGGCAGUACCUUUAGAGGCUUUACGCACUGAACCAGUUGUGACAACCUGCCCUCAUUGUCGACAGGUUGUUUUGAGUAGCGUUCGUUUUGAAGUUGGUGGUUGUACUUGGUUGACAAGUUUUGUCUUAUUAUUCUUGGGCAUUGGUGGUGGUUGUUGUUUAAUUCCCUUCUGUAUAACUGAUUUAAAAGAUAGUUAUCAUUCUUGUCCAAAUUGUGGUAAAAUUAUGGCAAAAUAUUCAAGAUUGGAUGGUAAAGUGUUUAGAUAUAGAGGAUAA